UCAAGCCUGCAGCCACCGACGCGGGUUCCGGGGGGGGGGACUGCCAGGGAACUCGCGGCACCGCGUGCUUGCUGAGUUCGCCUGGGCUCUCGGCCUCCCUGCGGGCAGGGGUCCUCCCUCCCCAGCGCCGGGUCUCUCCUCCCGCAGGCCCGCGGCCACCUGCAGCGGCAUUCCCCGCCGCCGUCCCCGCCACCUGCGCGACCGCCCUAGCCGCUCGAGUCCGCUCCUCCCGCUCAGGGGCGGCUGCGGAGGGCGCGGGGCGCACGCGGGCGGCCACCCGACUCUUCCCUCCCUUCUCCCCACCCCAGCCUGCUCCUGCUCAGCCCCACCUCCCCACGCACUCGGCUGCCCUCCUCCUCUCCUGAGAGUUGCCCCGCACCUUGGGCGAGGAGUUCGGAGCGGCCCCAUCGCAGAGCCCACGGCCGGCCGAGCGCGCGCAACGCAGGUGCCCGAGCCCCGGCGCCGCCGCCAUCUCUGCCUUCGGUCGAGUUGGACCCCCGGAUCAAGGUGUACUUCUCUGAAGUAAGAUGAUUUGUCAAAAAUUCUGUGUGGUUUUGUUACAUUGGGAAUUUAUUUACGUGAUAACUGCAUUUAACUUGUCAUAUCCAAUUACUCCUUGGAGAUUUAAGUUGUCUUGCAUGCCACCAAAUUCAACCUAUGACUACUUCCUUUUGCCUGCUGGACUCUCAAAGAAUACUUCAAAUUCGAAUGGACAUUAUGAGACAGCUGUUGAACCUAAGUUUAAUUCAAGUGGUACUUACUUUUCUAACUUAUCCAAAACAACUUUCCACUGUUGCUUUCGGAGUGAGCAAGAUAGAAACUGCUCCUUAUGUGCAGACAACAUUGAAGGAAAGACAUUUGUUUCAACAGUAAAUUCUUUAGUUUUUCAACAAAUAGGUGCAAACUGGAACAUACAGUGCUGGCUAAAAGGAGACUUAAAAUUAUUCAUCUGUUAUGUGGAGUCAUUAUUUAAGAAUCCAUUCAAGAAUUAUAACUAUAAGGUCCAUCUUUUAUAUGUUCUGCCUGAAGUGUUAGAAGAUUCACCUCUGGUUCCCCAAAAAGGCAGUUUUCAGAUGGUUCACUGCAAUUGCAGUGUUCAUGAAUGUUGUGAAUGUCUUGUGCCUGUGCCAACAGCCAAACUCAACGACACUCUCCUUAUGUGUUUGAAAAUCACAUCUGGUGGAGUAAUUUUCCAGUCACCUCUAAUGUCAGUUCAGCCCAUAAAUAUGGUGAAGCCUGAUCCACCAUUAGGUUUGCAUAUGGAAAUCACAGAUGAUGGUAAUUUAAAGAUUUCUUGGUCCAGCCCACCACUGGUACCAUUUCCACUUCAAUAUCAAGUGAAAUAUUCAGAGAAUUCUACAACAGUUAUCAGAGAAGCUGACAAGAUUGUCUCAGCUACAUCCCUGCUGGUAGACAGUAUACUUCCUGGGUCUUCGUAUGAGGUUCAGGUGAGGGGCAAGAGACUGGAUGGCCCAGGAAUCUGGAGUGACUGGAGUACUCCUCAUGUCUUUACCACACAAGAUGUCAUCUACUUUCCACCUAAAAUUCUGACAAGUGUUGGGUCUAAUGUUUCUUUUCACUGCAUCUAUAAGAAUGAAAACAAGAUUGUUCCCUCAAAAGAGAUUGUUUGGUGGAUGAAUUUAGCUGAGAAAAUUCCUCAAAGCCAGUAUGAUGUUGUGAGUGAUCAUGUUAGCAAAGUUACUUUUUUCAAUCUGAAUGAAACCAAACCUCGAGGAAAGUUUACCUAUGAUGCAGUGUACUGCUGCAAUGAACAUGAAUGCCAUCAUCGCUAUGCUGAAUUAUAUGUGAUUGAUGUCAAUAUCAAUAUCUCAUGUGAAACUGAUGGGUACUUAACUAAAAUGACUUGCAGAUGGUCAACCAGUACAAUCCAGUCACUUGCGGAAAGCACUUUGCAAUUGAGGUAUCAUAGGAGCAGCCUUUACUGUUCUGAUAUUCCAUCUAUUCAUCCCAUAUCUGAGCCCAAAGAUUGCUAUUUGCAGAGUGAUGGUUUUUAUGAAUGCAUUUUCCAGCCAAUCUUCCUAUUAUCUGGCUACACAAUGUGGAUUAGGAUCAAUCACUCUCUAGGUUCACUUGACUCUCCACCAACAUGUGUCCUUCCUGAUUCUGUGGUGAAGCCACUGCCUCCAUCCAGUGUGAAAGCAGAAAUUACUAUAAACAUUGGAUUAUUGAAAAUAUCUUGGGAAAAGCCAGUCUUUCCAGAGAAUAACCUUCAAUUCCAGAUUCGCUAUGGUUUAAGUGGAAAAGAAGUGCAAUGGAAGAUGUAUGAGGUUUAUGAUGCAAAAUCAAAAUCUGUCAGUCUCCCAGUUCCAGACUUGUGUGCAGUCUAUGCUGUUCAGGUGCGCUGUAAGAGGCUAGAUGGACUGGGAUAUUGGAGUAAUUGGAGCAAUCCAGCCUACACAGUUGUCAUGGAUAUAAAAGUUCCUAUGAGAGGACCUGAAUUUUGGAGAAUAAUUAAUGGAGAUACUAUGAAAAAGGAGAAAAAUGUCACUUUACUUUGGAAGCCCCUGAUGAAAAAUGACUCAUUGUGCAGUGUUCAGAGAUAUGUGAUAAACCAUCAUACUUCCUGCAAUGGAACAUGGUCAGAAGAUGUGGGAAAUCACACGAAAUUCACUUUCCUGUGGACAGAGCAAGCACAUACUGUUACGGUUCUGGCCAUCAAUUCAAUUGGUGCUUCUGUUGCAAAUUUUAAUUUAACCUUUUCAUGGCCUAUGAGCAAAGUAAAUAUCGUGCAGUCACUCAGUGCUUAUCCUUUAAACAGCAGUUGUGUGAUUGUUUCCUGGAUACUAUCACCCAGUGAUUACAAGCUAAUGUAUUUUAUUAUUGAGUGGAAAAAUCUUAAUGAAGAUGGUGAAAUAAAAUGGCUUAGAAUCUCUUCGUCGGUUAAGAAGUAUUACAUCCAUGAUCAUUUUAUCCCCAUUGAGAAGUACCAGUUCAGUCUUUACCCAAUAUUUAUGGAAGGAGUGGGAAAACCAAAGAUAAUUAAUAGUUUCACUCAAGAUGAUAUUGAAAAACACCAGAGUGAUGCAGGUUUAUAUGUAAUUGUGCCAGUAAUUAUUUCCUCUUCCAUCUUAUUGCUUGGAACAUUAUUAAUAUCACACCAAAGAAUGAAAAAGCUGUUUUGGGAAGAUGUUCCGAACCCCAAGAAUUGUUCCUGGGCACAAGGACUUAAUUUUCAGAAGCCAGAAACGUUUGAGCAUCUUUUUAUCAAGCAUACAGCGUCAGUGACAUGUGGUCCUCUUCUUUUGGAGCCUGAAACAAUUUCAGAAGAUAUCAGUGUUGAUACACCAUGGAAAAAUAAAGAUGAGAUGGUGCCAACAACUGUGGUCUCUCUACUUUCAACAACAGAUCUUGAAAAGGGUUCUGUUUGUAUUAGUGACCAGUUCAACAGUGUUAACUUCUCUGAGGCUGAGGGUACCGAGGUAACCUAUGAGGACGAAAGCCAGAGACAACCCUUUGUUAAAUAUGCCACGCUGAUCAGCAACUCUAAACCAAGUGAAACUGGUGAAGAACAAGGGCUUAUAAAUAGUUCAGUCACCAAGUGCUUCUCUAGCAAAAAUUCUCCAUUGAAGGAUUCUUUCUCUAAUAGCUCAUGGGAGAUAGAGGCCCAGGCAUUUUUUAUAUUAUCAGAUCAGCAUCCCAACAUAAUUUCACCACACCUCACAUUCUCAGAAGGAUUGGAUGAACUUUUGAAAUUGGAGGGAAAUUUCCCUGAAGAAAAUAAUGAUGAAAAGUCUAUCUAUUAUUUAGGGGUCACCUCAAUCAAAAAGAGAGAGAGUGGUGUGCUUUUGACUGACAAGUCAAGGGUAUUGUGCCCAUUCCCAGCCCCCUGUUUAUUCACGGACAUCAGAGUUCUCCAGGACAGUUGCUCACACUUUGUAGAAAAUAAUUUCAACUUAGGAACUUCUAGUAAGAAGACUUUUGCAUCUUACAUGCCUCAAUUCCAAACUUGUUCUACUCAGACUCAUAAGAUCAUGGAAAACAAGAUGUGUGACCUAACUGUGUAAUUUCACUGAAGAAACCUUCAGAUUUGUGUUAUAAUGGGUAAUAUAAAGUGUAAUAGAUUAUAGUUGUGGGUGGGAGAGAGAAAAGAAACCAGAGUCAAAUUUGAAAAUAAUUGUUCCAAAUGAAUGUCUGUUUGUUCUCUCUUAGUAACAUAGACAAAAAAUUUGAGAAAGCCUUCAUAAGCCUACCAAUGUAGACACGCUCUUCUAUUUUAUUCCCAAGCUCUAGUGGGAAGGUCCCUUGUUUCCAGCUAGAAAUAAGCCCAACAGACACCAUCUUUUGUGAGAUGUAAUUGUUUUUUCAGAGGGCGUGUUGUUUUACCUCAAGUUUUUGUUUUGUACCAACACACACACACACACACACACAUUCUUAACACGUGUCCUUGUGUGUUUUGAGAGUAUGCUAUGUAUUUAUAUUUUGUGCUAUCAGACUGUAGGAUUUGAAGUAGGACUUCCCUAAAUGUUUAAGAUAAACAGAAUUCAGCCCUGGCCUAAGGGGUUAUACUUGUGAAGACUAAUGAGCCAAUUGUUAUGUACCAAAUCUAAGAUAUGUACCAUAGAAUGAAAUAACCUGCAAGAAUGGUGAUGCCCACAAUCAGUAUUUUGAUGACAACACAAGCACUUUUGAAAACAUAAUGUCAGUUUUAAUUCUCUCUGAAAGAUGUUGAAGUGGUCACUUUCUGAUAAAGUUAGAUUGCCAAAUGUCACUGUAUAUCUCUCCGGAAUAAUUGUCUUCCCCCAUCCCCACCUGGACAUAUGCUAUUUUUUUCCCCUCACUGAGCAUUCUGUCUACAUAAACCAACCACUGUGCAGUACUUUACAUACCUUAACCCGGUUAAUUAUUGCAAUAAUUGUAUGAGACAUCUGUUACUAUGAUACUCCUUAAAGAUGAAGACAGUAAAUAAUUUGCCCACGGUUACAGUCAGUGGGUGAUGGAAUCAGAAUUCAGAUUUAAAUCCAGAUUUUUUAAUGCUAAUGAUUAUGUUUUUAACCUAUACCCUACAUAGCCAUCAAUUUAAAAAAACUGACUUGUAAUCAAAAUUUAUUAAGUAGAGGCUGGACACAGUGGUGCAUGCCUGUAAUCCCAGCACUUUGGGAGGCUGAGGCGGGUGGAUCGCUUGAGCUCAGAAGUCUUGAAACUAGCCUGGGCAACAUAGUGAGGCCUCGUCUCUACAAAAACACAAAAAUUAGCUGAGUGUGACAGAAAAAAUAAAGAUUAUAAAAUGUAUUAAGUAGAAAUAUAAUGCAGGAUGAGAAAUUAAGUGAGAAUUGCACAGAUCUCAUGUUUGCCUUUAAAAACUUAAGAUUAAUACAUAAGUUUAUUUAUUCAAAUUUGGUAUGGUAAAAAAAUUCAAAGACAGCAUAUUGGGCAACAAACUAAAUUAAGAAACCUGCACAUUUAGAUGUUCAGUGGCAAGAAGACCUUCAAGAAUAUCAGUAUCAUCAAAAUAAGUACUUUAGUGUUCAAAAAUAUGCCUAUGGAUAGUUUUUAAAAAUUAUCAGAAUUUCAUAUUUAGACUGAGACAAGAGACUCCCGAUUUUACUGCUAUCCUAAAUAAAUCUCUACAUUCCAUCUCUAUUCCAGUUGUGGUUAUGAAGUGAGCAGUUCUAAACAAUGACAAAGAUUCCAGACCCCACUUGAUAGAUAUUUUUCACACUUUAUAAUCAAUUUCCACUCAGGAAUCAAUAAAGCUAUUCCAUGUCAUAAGUAUUUUUAAGAUGUCUCAGGAUCUCACAUACUCAACUGAUGACCCCCUUACAAGAAAUAGGUAGAGGGCUGAUAGCAACUCAUUACUUGAUGUGGUACGAGAGCCUUAGUUCUAUGCAAAGAUAAAUGGAGAAGCGUUUUUUUCAUGGAUAAUUUUACAUGGCUUUAGAGACACUGAAACAGAUAAAUUGUUACAUGUAUAAAAAUUUUAGUAAAAUUGACAUUUUAAAUACAUGCUUAUAGAUUAUUGGUAUUUAAUUGAAGGUACAGUACAGAAGAGAUAGAAAAAUAAAUUUUGCCCCACUCUGUGAUUGAAGACUGACCUCUGAGCAUGUCCGCUGAGACACAGUAUUCUCCUGUGAUCUGGGACCCAGAAUAACAGGAAAGAGAAACUGAUAGAUGUUUUCAUCAGCCCAAGGAUGUAUGUAUCUUACUUGAGUGAAUUCAACAGUCCCAGGACCACUGUAGUGCUGUAGGUCUGUGUAAAGAAAUUUAGUGACAGCACAUUAACCUGAGAUCAUUGAUACCAUCUUGGUUCAGCCUCGGUUCCCCAGAACCGAAAUGCACUUCAGAAAUAUUGAAAUUCCAAGGCACUUUUUCAUGGACAGUGCUGAACAAGUAUAGUUUGGCCUAUUGGUAUGUAUAGACUUAGAUCAUAUUUAUUGUCAAUGGGCUUGAAUUCUGAUUUCCACUUUUGAAAGUUUAUUUCACUAUGUAUCAUUACAUUUUAUUGGGACCUUGUGAAAACUACCUGCCAUGAAAUACUGGAUUUUCACACAAUUUAGAGAAAAUUUAGAAUGUUUUAUGCCUCAGAAUGGUCAGGAACUUCCCAUUUCUUCCCACAGCUUCUAUAAAAAAAUUUAAAGGAAGGAGGAGCUGAAAUAGGGGCUAUGGUCUUUCAAACUUAUAAAUCUGGAAUUUUUAAUAUUUCAUUUUAAGGCCUUAAACUGAAACACAAGCUACUAAUCAGUCUUUCUAAAUCUGACCUUCAUUGAAAGCAACUCAGAAAUUAAUAAUUUGUGCUGUGGCUUCAAGUUUAAAUAGAUUGUUUGAAGAGAAAUCAUAUGUCAGGGUUUGCAGGAUUACAGGUUUUCUAACUUAAACCCCCAAGAACAAUGAAAAAGUUGAAGUACAUGUCACUAUGAAUAGGCACCUUCUGUUGGAUCUCUGUGUCCAUUUAGAGAUGAGCUACAAGUUGACAAGAAAAAUAGGAGCAAUUUUUUUUUCUUUUUAAACCUAGUCACCAAAUGGUAAAAGGACUUGGAUGAAAUUCCAAUACCAGUGUGAGAUUCUGGAUUUAGAAUAAGGUUUUAUAACCUUAGGCAUGUCAUUCUUCUACUUCUCAUUUUUCCCUAAUAAAACUUAUUCUCUCUUCCAUAAUGUCAUAUAUAUGGUCACAUUACUUCAGGAAUAUUUGUAUUACCUCCUCCAAAGCUGAAAGAAAAUAAACUUUAGGCUGUGAGAGUUGAGAAUUAUGCAUACAGGGCUCACAGGUGGAGUUGGACAAUAUGCUGAUGGAUUAAGACAUACUGCAACCACAAAGUUCCAUCUCACUUAGAUGUAGAUGAAAAAAGAUCUCUUUCUAAAUUAUUUUCUGUGACCUUAAAAGAAAUUUCUUUCACUUUUCAUCUUUCAAGGGUCAUCUUGAUAGUUACCUUAACAAACCUUUCUCAGCUAUUUAUUAUUGAGAAAGCCCAUUCUUAAAUUUUAAGUCACAAAAUUAUAGUUGUCCACUCUGCUAUGACUGAAAGAAGCAGCAUUCAAGAAAAAAUUUAAACAUAGUUACCAAGAAAUGUGAAGAAGUAUUUAUAAAAGGAAGCUAGAUAAGUAGGUAAUUUUACUCUUUCUUAACCAGGUUAAAACAAUAAAGCACACCUGCAUCUAAUCACAAUGUUAGGCGAACAACUUAAAACAUGAUCAGCCUGUAUGAGAACUGGGAUAUUGUUACAUAUUCAGCCUGUAUGAGAACUGGGAUAUUGUUGUUACAUAUAUUUGUAUAAACCUUUGGAGAUGAUUUCCAUGGUUUUUUUUUUUUUUUUUUUUUUUUUUAAGGGAGUCUUGCUCUGUUGCCCAGCUGGAGUGCAGUGAUGUGAUCUCGGCUCGCUGCAACCCCUGCUUCCCAGGUUCAAGCAAUUCUCCUGCCUCAGCCUCCCCAGUAGCUGGGAUUACGGGUGCACCACCAUGCCCAGCUUUUAUUUAUUUAUUUAUUUAUUUUGGAUUUUUAGUAGAGAUGGGGUUUUGCCCUGUUGGCCAGGCUGGUCUUGAACUCCUGACCUCAAGUGAUCCGCCCUCAUUGGCCUCCCAAAGUUCUGGGAUUACAGGUGUGAGCUGCCGCGCCUAGCCGUUCAUGAGGUUUUAUAGUGAAUGAAUUAUUUUUCUAUAAAGUUUAUCAAUAUUUAUUUUGGAAAGCUGCUGAAAAUGUCUUUUUCAAAAUUAAUUAUGCUUAAGAUGUAUGGCAUUAAAUUCAAUUUUAUGAGGCUUUCUGACAUGUUUACUAAAAAAACCUGGAACUGAGAAUGAAUUUAGAAGACAUUUAAUUUUGUAGUGAGAUAUCUAUAUUGUAGAUAUUGUACUUUUAAAACCUGUCAUUAAGUGUUUGGCAUGUGGUUAACACUUUCUCUUUAGUCACAAUUGGUAUUUUAAUAAAUGUUAUAAAUGUAAGUGCCAAGAUAUGCAUCACUAACUGUUCUAUGAAAUUUGUCUACUUCUCCUUUAUGUUCCCAAAGUCACAGAGAAAGCAGUGUACUUUAUGACAGUAUAUUUAUCUUUUUAUCAUUAUGAAUUAUAAGCAGUGUUAAUUUUGAGAAAUAAAAGUCCAAAAAGAAUUAUUAUGAGUUUAAGUUACUUUAGGAUUAUAUCUGUU